AAGAGGUCUAAAAAGGCUCACUGUGACGUAAUAACCUAUUUUAUUUUUGUCCGUUUUAUUUUAAUUAAUGACUCAAUUAAAUUAAGUAAUAAUUGUUCCAUUUCAUUAUACUUCUUCGUAUUAAGUUUUUGGAGUCAAAAAGUUUGCAUAUAUGGUUUUAUCAAGAUGGAAGUCACUCAAAAGCCUAAAUCACCGAUUCCAAGUCCAAACAAUAUUAGAAAUCUUUCAAGCAAAAUUAUUUCUCCAAAGUUAAAAUUUGACUUUAACUAUCGUCUCAAUACUGGAGUACGCAGAAAAUGUAGUGAGAAAAAAUAUCACCCAUUAAAAAUGAUAUUUGUGCAUGAUCCAUUGAACUUAGAUUCAUUAACAAGCAAAUCAAAUGGUAUUGAAUCACCUAAUAUGAGGUCACCAGUUCCUGAUCGUUCUUGCGAGUUUCAACCAAGACUUCUUCAACCAGUCGAUUUACGAGAUCCCUUAAGUCUCAAUUGUCUUGAUGAUACCGCACAAAUACUAACACCAUUGCGUAAGCGGCGUAAGAGAAAGAGAAGAUUUUCAGCUGGAGAUCCCUAUGAUACUCUUUCUUUUUCUAUGACAGAAAUUAGCCCUAAAAAAUCUUCUUUUAAAUUUGACACACAAAAAAACAAUGUAUGCGAUGAUCUUUUGAUUAGAUCAGAUCCUUCGUGUGUUGAAUGUAAAAAGGAAAAGACAUCUUUUGUAAAAAAAGAUAUUUAUAGAAGUUUAACUAAGCCUAAUUUGUUAUGUGAAAAAAAGAAAAAAAAAGAAAAAACAUUUACAUAUGGCAAUUACAUAAAGUCAACAAAAGAUGAUGAGCGGCUCAGUUGUUUCAGUAAACAGUGGUUUUUUAACAAAAAUUGUCUAGACAUAGGGUGUAAUAAUGGAAAAGUGACACUUGAAAUUUUAAAGCGAUUUGACCCAAGUUUUAUAACUGGUGUAGAUAUUGACGAUCGACUUAUUAAGUUAGCAAGAAGUUAUGCUCGAAAUGAUUCAUAUAUGCCAUCAAGACAGAGGUUUCCUGUAUCUAUAAAACAAACAUAUGGACCAAUGCUAAAUACACGAAUACUUCAACAUGGAUUAUCUGGAAAUAUUUGCUUUAUAACACAAAACUAUGUACCAUGUGAACUGGACGAUCUCAGUAAAAUUAAAGAAGAGUAUGAUACUAUCACAUGUCUAAGUGUAACAAUGUGGGUACAACUGAACUUUGGUGACUCUGGUCUUAAAAGAAUGUUUAAAAAAAUAUUUAUGCAGCUAAAACCAGGGGGUAAACUACUUUUAGAACCACAACUUUUGAAAUCAUAUAAAAAGAAAAAGAAUCUUUCUAUAACCAUACUUCAUCAUUUUAAAAGCAUAAAACUUUUCCCAAAUGAUUUUGUAAGGUAUCUUCUUUCUAAAGAAAUUGGAUUUGCUACCAGCGAGUGUCUCAUUUACACGCACCAUAAAAAAACAGGUGGAAGACCGCUGUUUCUUCUUACAAAAAGUUCGGGAUCUAAUAUAGUUUAGACAUUAAUUAUGUUAUAUAUAUAUAUAUAUAUAUAUAUAUAUAUAUAUAUAUAUAUAUAUAUAUAUAUAUAUAUAUAUAUAUAUAUAUAUAUAUAUAUAUAUAUAAUCAUAUAUCAUGUAAAUAAAUUUAAUUGCAUCGUUAUAUAAUUUUUAGAAAUUAUCAAAUAUGUAUUUUUAUAUUUUGUAUGCAUCUUAUUGCAUAGAAUUAGUCAACUAGUUUUUUUAAUAAGAAACACUUUUUGGCUUCAGCUUGAAGUUUGUUAACUUUGUGGCAGCUUGAAAAGUUUCUUAAAAGCAACACAUUAUUAAGAUGCUUGAAGAAAGAAAAAUGCAGUGUAUUUGUUUAUUCAGAAUAUAAUUAUUUGUAGAAA